AUGUUGCUGUCUGGAUCUGCUCACCACCCACAUCGUCCCUGCCCCAGCCCCAGCCCCAACCUGCCCAGGAUCUGGGGGCUUCGCUGGAGAGACCACGACCUUGACUGGCUCUGUUCCUGGCUGCAGCCAGCGCUGAGCGGAGAGGGCCGCUGGCCAGGACUGGGCAGCACCCACAUCCUGCAGAAGACAGGUGGUCCACAGGCAGAAGGGCCUGUUCAGUUCCUGUGGCAGAAAGGGAGGGUCCUGGCCUUCCCAGGCUCCAGGCCUGCGGCCCCACCUGCCUCGAAGCCACAUUCCCAUUCCCAAUUCAAGUUCACCUAG